AUUUAUCAUCCUUUAUGAAUUGUAAUACAUUGCCUUUAUUCGGUGGCUUUUAACGUGCAGCCUUCAGUUUUCUCUCACGCGGUUCUUUCUCGACUCUUUCCAAAUGCAUCCCUUUUGAAAUUCUGUUGCAGAACCGGGUGGUUUCCGUUUCGUCGUAGUAUCUCCGUGCGAUCGGUCCCUUUGUAAGGAGUGGGAGGAGGAAGGCUUUGUCACUCGGAUCUUCCUGGAAAGGGCAUCCCCUGAUAGAGCUAGCUUUGCACGUAGUCACUGCUGAAAAUGAUAGCAGAUCAUCUUGUUUAUUUAUGCAUUUAUUUCGUGUAGGUUAGGGUAAUGGAUUAGAAAAGGGGAUGAGCGAGGGAUAGGAGCGCUGUUAUUUCUGGGAACUCGUGUUUGGUCACCUUUACUCUGCGGGAGGCACAGAUAGAAGUGCUUUUAGGGUUACGAGGAGGAGCUUCUGGAGGAGGAGAUGGUUCAAGCAUACAUGGCUCCCGGUGUCUCAAAUGAGAAGAAAAUGGAAGAUGAACAGUCUUCAAGGCAUUGAUGAUGCUGUGAUGGCUUUUAAUCCGGUGAGCUGUUGAAAUGCUGACUUUGGUUGCUGCCUAGAAAAUUCUAUCCAUCUCUGCAACCCUCACCUGGAAAAAAUGAAAGAAGACAUCCUAUACCAUUUUGCUCUUGGGACCGGUACCCAUGAUUUUCCUGCACUGUUUGGAGAUGUAAAGUUCGUGUGUGUAGGAGGAAGUCCUUCACGGAUGAAAGCUUUUAUUGCCUACAUAGCUGAAGAACUUGGACUUGGGAGCCCUGGUGGUGACUACCCCAACAUCUGUGCGGGAACUGACCGUUAUGCCAUGUACAAAGUGGGACCCGUUCUGUCAGUCAGUCACGGUAUGGGCAUUCCUUCUAUUUCAAUCAUGUUGCACGAGCUGAUCAAAAUGUUGUAUCAUGCCAAGUGUUCCAACAUAACCAUUAUUCGCAUUGGCACCUCGGGUGGAAUAGGUCUGGAGCCAGGCUCAGUGGUUAUAACCAGGCAGUCUGUAGAUGCCACCUUCAAACCUCAGUUUGAACAGGUUGUCCUGGGAAAAACUAUAAUUCGCAGCACAAAUCUAGAUGAAGAGCUGGCUAAAGAGCUGCUGCAGUGCAGUAAAGAAAUCAAUCAGUUCAAUACUGUCAUUGGAAACACUAUGUGCACUUUGGAUUUCUAUGAAGGACAGGGCAGGUUGGAUGGUGCGAUCUGCUUGUAUAAUGAAGAAGAAAAACUGCAAUAUUUGAAGGAAGCUUAUGAUUCUGGUGUUAGAAACAUUGAGAUGGAAUCUUCUGUCUUUGCUGCCAUGUGCAAUCUCAGCGGUGUCAGAGCUGCUGUAGUGUGUGUCACUCUCCUGAAUCGGCUCGAAGGGGACCAGAUCAGCAGCUCACACGAUGUACUUGUGGAGUAUCAGCAGAGACCACAGAAAUUAGUGGGAUAUUUUAUUAAGAAAAGUCUUGGGAAAGUAUGACGUGUCUGUCUUUGGUUUUUAGAAACAGAAGGCUUUUGCACAGCGGAAGUCGUGGUCACGACCUCCGUGCAUUAAAGGUUCUUUGCCUCAGAAUAGCUUUCAGCAUUCCAUGUACAUGUGGAAGUUAAUCAUUUGUGUCAGUGUGCUUUGGGAACUGAGUGUGCUGAAUGCGCUUCAGUUAAGAUUAGUUAUUGUUGCUGGGAUUUAAGAUUCCCUUUUCUGAGUGAAAAGUGGAUCUGUUGUGAAGGAGAAGCUUGCUGUGACAUAUGAAAAAGCUUCAUUUAUCCCUGCUGCUAAAGAAAAAGUAAGAAGAAAACAAAGUACUUUCUUGGAAAGUACUUGCAAACCACCAAAUUAAAAUUAAUUUAAGAAUGUUAAUACCUUCCUUGUUGUUUUUUAAAAAAUAUAUAAAGUUAUAUAAAUUAUAACAGCUGCCUUUGUUGUUUCACUUUGUAAAGAAAACUAAGAGUGAAUGCACUUCGUUUUUUCCAGACAUUGAGAAAUAAACAGUAUUGUUUUCA